GAGGGUUUUCGCGCUUCUUUAUUUGUAUUGUUCUCUUAAAAGCUAUCAAACAUCCGUUUCUUCUUGAAACUACUUCUGUCCGAGUUCACCAUGAUUUUCUUUGAAAUAGCAAGCGGAGACAACAGAAGAGAUUAACAUAGACUAAACUUAAAACACCUUUUCGCCGCUAGCCAUAUUUUUGUGAAUUUCUUGUUCGCUUUUUGAAUGGCAGGUGUCAGGCGAAAAUUACAAUGAAAGACAAAAAAGAGCUUUACGAUAUUUUUUCUGUGGACAUAAUAGCGACCGGAAGCGAAAAAAAAAAAUACAAUGGUGUCAUUGAUAGACGAUGACCCGGAAGUGAACGAUGAUUUGAUGAAAAUUGGACGCUAGAGUUGUGCAUAGGCAUUCAGGCUUAUCUCUCAAACAAUCAUGGGUGACUCGUACAACCUAGUCGAAAAAAUCGAUGCAGAGAUGAAAACAUUUCCCUGGAAUUAUCCAGAUCAGUACGUCUUGUCGGAGUUUAUUCCAAGUCCAUGCAACUUUACAGGGGAAUUCGAAGGUCCUUUGAAAGUUGAAGGUUCGGAUCAACUUGAUACAGAACACCAACAUGGAACAAUGUUAUACUCACACGAUCCGCCUGAGGCCUUGAUGCUCCCCACAGGAGAAACUGGAGAGUUCCCUGAAUUCGCCGAGCCCUUGACUCCAAGGCCUAUCAGCCCCAGGUUUCCUCCUCAUGCUCUCAUGAAUUUAUCUCCACCUCACGUGACGUCACCGAGCACGAAUGAGUUUCUCGGUGACUACAACUUCAGGAUGAUUCUGGAAACGCAGCCAAAGAAAGUUGCCAACCCGGACUGGAUUUUCUCAGUGACUCAGAAGAAGCUGUACAUCAAGUCAAAGACGCCUUGCCCGGUUAGAUUUCUCACCACAGGCCCCCCGCCAUCUGGUGCAUUUAUUCGCGCUAUGCCUGUGUUCAGACAACCCGAGCAUGCCAAAGAUGUGGUACGCUGCUGUAGAAACCAUACCGCAGAACACUCAGGCCCAGCGACGGGACAUUUCCUCCGCUGUGACAACCAAGAGGCUGAGUACGAAGAAUGUCCUCAGACCACCAGGCACUCUGUCAGGAUACCGCUCCGAGGACCAGCUUCAGCUGACGACACAGAUGACCUCGGAGUUCAUGAACUGUUCUACUUCAUCUGUAAUAACUCCUGCGGCGGACUGAAUAGGAGACCAAUUCAAGUCAUCUUCACCUUGGAAGAUCUAACCGGCAGCGUAGUCCUGGGGAGAUGCUACGUCAACGUUAGAGUCUGUGCAUGCCCAGGGCGGGACUCGAACCAAGAAAUUGAGGCGAUUAACCGUCCAGGCAAAAGGAAAAAGCCCAAAGCAAAUGGAAACGAUUUACAGUGCUUCGGCUCUAAGAUGUCCAAAGAAGACAGCACAGUUUACAACCUCAAGAUUUGUGGAUUCAACAAUUACCUGAUGAUGAAGAGGAUUGCCAUUGCACUGGAAUUAUUUGCAAACAUGGAAAACAAAUUCACUGCCAUGGAACCGCAAGAUUUAGAGAUGCCACAUCUCACUGAAUACACUCCUGAGCAGGAUCAGGACAAUUCAGAACCGGACUCCACCAUAGUGAAGUCGUCGUUGAACGAGUCGCCUCCUCCACCAAUCAUAGUCAGCCAGGAGUCCUACCUACAUCCAGUGCACUCGGAGAACUGGUACCCAGCCACACCACAAGAUCAAGACGUCCAAGCGCAAUCCCAGCAGUACCCGCAGCAGUGCUACACGUAUCGCCGUAAAACGAUUUCUGUUGUUACCUUUACUGACGAAAAAACUGAUAUGAUACAAUGCGAGACAAAAGCAGAUCACGACCGUGAGAUAAAACUGGCAUAAACUUUGGUAAUAAAGCAAGUACGAUUUCGGAAAAGUGAGUUAUCAUAUUCUAAGGAGUGUUUCAAGUAAGAACGAUGUUCCGAGCGUACCAACUGGUCUCUGUUAGUUUCUAUCAUUCUUAAAAGUAAGUGCAAGUUUUUCGUCUAAAAAUACUGCGCUCAAUAAGACUACCACGGCAAUAUUCAACCGACCGAAAGGCAUCCGACAAUGACAAAGCACUUUUAACUCUUAAGAUCUGACUGUUAAUUCUCCCCUCUAACUGCUAGAUAAAUCCUUGUAAAUUAGUUACGAGAACGUGGUGUUAGA